AUGGAAAAGAGGGCUAGGAGCUCCUCCAGAGACGCCCACAGGAGAGGCAGCGGCUCCUCUCACAAGGAGAGCAAGAGGGCGAAGACAGACAGGGCCGGCCGGGGCCGCGGGCGCCGGAAUGCCGAGCGGGAGCAGCCGGCCCUCGGGCGGGCAGGGAGCCCGGGCGAGCCCCGAGCGCCGGCAGCCACUGUGGUGGACGUGGAUGAAGUCCGGGGCUCUGGCGAAGAGGGCACCGAAGUGGUGGCGCUGCUGGAGAGCGAGCGGCCCGAGGAAGGUACCAAGUCUUCCAGUUUAGGGGCCUGUGAGUGGCUUCUUGUCCUCACAUCCCUGCUCUUCAUCAUCGUGACCUUCCCUUUUUCUAUCUGGUUCUGCAUAAAGGUUGUACAGGAGUAUGAGAGAGUAAUUAUAUUCCGACUGGGACAUCUGCUUCCUGGAAGAGCCAAAGGCCCUGGCCUUUUCUUCUUUUUGCCCUGCCUGGAUACCUACCACAAGGUUGACCUUCGUCUCCAAACCUUGGAGAUACCCUUUCAUGAGAUUGUAACCAAAGACAUGUUUGUGAUGGAGAUAGAUGCCAUCUGCUACUACCGCAUGGAAAAUGCCUCUCUUCUCCUAAGCAGUCUUGCUCAUGUGUCCAAAGCUAUCCAAUUCCUUGUGCAAACCACCAUGAAGCGUCUCCUAGCACAUCGAUCCCUCACGGAAAUUCUUCUUGAGAGGAAGAACAUUGCUCAAGAUGUAAAGGUUGCCUUGGAUGCAGUGACCUGUAUUUGGGGAAUCAAAGUGGAGAGAACAGAAAUUAAGGACGUGCGCCUGCCGGCCGGGCUGCAACACUCAUUGGCGGUGGAAGCUGAAGCCCAGAGGCAAGCCAAAGUGCGGAUGAUCGCUGCAGAAGGGGAGAAGGCCGCCUCCGAGUCCCUGAGGAUGGCGGCCGAGAUUCUAUCAGGCACGCCAGCUGCUGCUCAGCUUCGGUACCUGCACACCCUUCAAUCCUUGUCCACAGAGAAACCUUCCACAGUGGUUUUACCUUUGCCAUUUGACUUGCUAAAUUUCCUGUCUUCUCCAAGCAAUAGAACUCAAGGAGGCAUCCCCUUACCAAAUCCUUCCAAACCUGUUGAGCCGCUGAAUCCUAAAAAGAAAGACUCUCCCAUGUUGUAG